AUGGCCAAGAUGUUUGCGCUCUUGUGUGUGCUUUUGAUUUGGAUGGGAAGUGAAAAUGCACAGACAACUGGGUCACCAACUGACAGUUUUACUCAGGUGUCCGAGCGUUACAGCUUCGUUGAUGGCGUCCAUGACAUGUGGGUUUACAGCGAUGACAAACCUCAUAAUCCCAACAGUAACACCAGGCCCAGGACAGAAAUCCGCAUCAAGGGAAAGGACUAUAAAACUGGGGUGUGGCAAUUCGAGGGCGAGGGCUAUGUUCUGAGGGGGACGAAUGGAGUAUGUGUAAUGCAGAUUCAUGGCUAUGUGGGGCCCUCCAUAGUGAUAAUGUUAGAUGCUGUGGAUGGAGAUCUAAAGCGAUACCAUGCCGAUGUAGUGUCACCUGAUAUUUUUGAUCGGUGGUUUCAUCUGAAUGUUAUUCAUGAUACAGACCAGAGGAAAGUCACCGUGUUUGUGGAUGGGGAGGAGAGGAUAACGGUUGAUGUGACAGGGGGUGACAACUAUUAUUUUAAGUGUGGAGUGUAUGCUCAGACCGACGAGUCAUCCUGCAUGGAAUCUCGUUGGAGAAAUAUCAAACUCUGGAGCAAAUAG